AUGUUCAGCAAACUGAAGGGUCUCCUCACGGGUCCAAAGCUUCCAGAAGCUUCUGGGACCACCACCUCAGCUCCUGCUUCAGCUCCUGCUUCAGCUCCUGCCGAGGAAAAGAAACCGGUGAAAAAUGAGGAUGAGGCCAAGAAAGAGGACAAACCCCCGGCACCCCCAUCACAACCUGCUCCACCAUCACACCCAGCACCCCCAUCACAACCUGCUCCACCAUCAGGACCAGCACCACCAUCACAACCAGCACCACCAUCAGAACCUGCUCCACCAUCAGGACCAGCACCACCAUCACAACCAGCUCCAGUUCCUGCCAACCCAGAUCCAACUGGACCAGAGGGACAAGAGGCGACCCCACCUCAACCACUCCCCACCGUGAUCAACCAAUACUCGGACGAGCAUCUCAGAACCAUCGUCCGACGGAUGAGAGAGAGAACAGAACUGUACAAGGAGAAAGUCACGGAUCAGUACGCCUCGUCUCCAGAGAUCACCCCGCCUGUCACCCCGCUGCUACGUAAAGAGGACUACGCCAAGCUUAUAGAGGAGAGGAAGAGGCAGGCGGAGGAACAGCGGCUCAAGAAGGAGGAAGCCGAGAGGAAAAAGAAGGAGGAGCAGGAGCGGAAAAAGCAGGAGGAGGAGAAGAAGAAGAAGGAGGAAGAGGAGAGGAAGAAAGCAGAGGGUAAAGAUGAGAAAGAGGAGAAAAAAGAGGAGAAGAAGGAGGGGGAAGAGAAAAAGGCCAUGUUAUUGGACGUUGCCUUCUCCUUCAUCGACCCCAUGUUGAAGCCGUUGGAGGAAAAGAUGGACUCAGUGCUGGGCUCCACCAUGGACCCGUUCACAGACCGUCGCUACAUCACCUGGUUGAGCGUGGUGACAUUGGCCUUCAACUACAACACCUGGUUCGUCACCGCCCGCCUCUGCUUCCCGUACCACACGGCCGAAGCCAUCCCCUACUGGUUCGCCCUGGACCUGCUGGCAGACUGCAUCUACCUUGCAGACACCAUCAUCUUCCAGCCUCGCAAACAGUUUGUCAGAGGAGGCGACGUCAUUAAAGACAGACUGUCAACCAAGAAGAACUACAGAGAGUCGGAGCGAUUCCAGACAGACUUGAUGACCCUCAUACCAUUUGACUUGCUUUACCUCCAGUUUGGAUUCAAAUCCAUUUUCAGGGCCAAUCGGUUACUGAAGGCAGACACAUUCUUCGAGUUCAGCGAUCGUUUAGAGAGCAUCAUGGCCAAAGCCUACAUCUGGAGAGUGAUUCGUACCAUCGGCUAUCUUCUCUUCAUGCUUCACAUCAACGCCUGUAUGUACUACAUGGCUUCCUUCUACCAGGGCAUCGGCCUGACCAAAUGGGUCUACUCUGGACUGGGCAGCGCGUACCUUCGUUGUUACUACUUUGCCGUCCGCAGUCUGAUCAACAUCGGGGGUCUAAGCGAACCCCACACCGUCUUUGAGAUUACCUUUCAGAUGACUAACUUUUUCACGGGCGUCUUUGUGUUCUCCAGUUUGAUCGGACAGAUGAGGGAUGUCAUCGGUGCAGCCACGGCGGGACAGACCUACUUCCGCAGCUCCAUGGACAACACCGUGGCUUACAUGGUGGACAAUCACAUCCCGGCCCUGGUGCAGAAUCGGGUCCGCACGUGGUACACGUACACCUGGGAUGCGCAGGGCAUGCUGGAUGAGUCCGAGCUGCUGGACAAGAUGCCUCUGGUGAUGAGAACCGCCAUCGCUGUGGACAUCAACCUGACCACCUUCCAGAAGAUCGACCUGUUCAAGGGCUGCGACCAGCAGAUGUUGGUGGACAUGUUACUACGGCUCAAGUCCAUCAUCUAUCUACCCGGAGACUUUGUUGUGAAGAAAGGGGAUAUCGGUAAAGAGAUGUACAUCAUUAAAAGUGGAGCGGUGCAGGUGGUUGGGGGUCCGGACAACAGCAUCGUGUUCGUCACACUGAAGGCCGGCUGUGUGUUUGGAGAGAUCAGUCUGCUGCAGUCUUCUAAAGAUGGAGGGAACAGGCGGACGGCUAACGUUAAAGCCCAUGGCUUUGCUAACCUCUUCGUCCUGGAGAAGAAAGACCUGUUUGACAUCCUGGUCCAUUACCCAGAGUCCCAGAAGGUGCUGGCCAGGAAGGGCAAGCAACUGAUGAAGGCCAAGGGUCCAGCAGCAGCUAAAGCAGAAGAGGAGAAGAAGAAAGGUCUGGCACUGUUCACCCCCAAACCGCCCACCCCCAAACUGCUGCGAGCGGUCGGUGGAAAUAUCAACAGGCGGAUCAUCGAUAAACUCAAGAAUGUUUCUACUUAA